CACCGUCGAAGGAAAAGAUUCCCCAGCUUUAGCGGACUGAGCUAAUAAUCACAUUAAAUAAUUUUCUGAGUUUUGCAGUCGGGCUACGAAAUAAUUAAAAAUAAAAGCACGUUAUUGUGUCUGUUGCUGAAGCUUUAAAACCUUGAGUAUUUCAGUAAUCUUUAUUUAAAUGGAGUCUCGCGCCAUGGGUCUCCUCGAAGGCGUGUUGCUCCACAGCGGACAGUAGGGGGCAGCAGGACGCCAACUGGUGUCUAUGGCAACACUGGGGAAGAAGAGGCGGGUUGGCGGGAAUUCACAGAGGUGCUCUGUGAGGAGAUUUUUACAAGCUUCAGAGCUGUUAUGAGUUCAGCAGGAGACGGACAGCACUCUUUCAGGAAGUCUCAGGCUCCUGAUCCCUUACAGCUGUGUGAGGACGUGAAAACAGAGUGUUCAGAUGGAGGGACAUCCGAAGUGUCAGAAGUCUGUGUGAAGAAAGAGGAGACAUUGGAGCUGAACAUCUACAACCAUGGAGACGACCUCAACAUCUCACGUGAAGCGCUGUCCAUUAAAGGGGAAGAUCCUGACAAUAAAGACUAUCUCUACUGUGAAGUUUGCAAAUCCUUUUUCUUCAACAAGUGCGAGGCUCAUGGACCACCCAUCUUCAUCCCUGAUACCCCUGUUCCCAUGGGGGUCUCUGAUCGAGCGAGACAGACACUUCCUCCUGGACUAGAGAUUCGGAGAUCCGGUCUUCCUGACGCAGGCCUGGGAGUAUUUAAUAAGGGGGAGAUACUUCCAGUAGGUACACACUUUGGACCCUACGAGGGAGAGCUGGUAGACAGCGAGGAAGCCAUGAACAGUGGAUACUCUUGGGUGGGUUGUCCCUUUCUGACACAUUUGGUUUGCCAGAGAGGUCUGAUUCAACAGCACAGCUUUGCUAGAUAUGCAGGAGCAGGCAGUGUGAAGAAUACGUAGAUGGCAAACAAGAAAUGCAUGCAAAUUGGAUGAGGUAUGUGAAUUGUGCCCGUAAUUAUGAAGAACAGAACCUUGUAGCAUUUCAGUAUCGAGGGGGAAUUCUGUAUCGUUGCUGUCGACCCA